AUGGAAGUGGAUAACGAUAGUAACGCAGACUUGAAUGUUAAUCGUAACAAGUCAUCAUUGAUUAAUGGUAAUAAGAUAGCGACAAGUCGUCGGCUGAGAACGAACUCAAAACUGGAAGAUGCCUGUAAGCAGCGAGUUGCAAUCCUCGAUUUCGGUGCACAGUUCGGAAAGGUAAUCGAUCGCCGAAUACGUGAAAAGAAUGUAAUGAGUGAAAUGCUACCGUUGGAUACGAAAGCAAGUGAUUUGAUAUCGAAAGGAUAUUAUAAGUAUGUUUGUUGGUUUUGCUUUGAUUUGAUACUUUAA